AUGGCGUUUACGCUUAACCAUACCCGAUUGGGUGAUGCCCAAGGCCUCAAGUUAGAUGGUCAAGGAGUAGUGCAAUAUCUCGGCAUUCAGUAUGCCACUUUGGCUCAUCGCUUUGCUGGUCCGGAGCUCAAAACUGACUAUGGAGGAAAGAUUGAUGCGACAAGGAGAGGUCCAACUGUUGUUAGACCACCACUAGCUUGCGAUAUUGAAUUUGGCCUCAUCCAAAAGGCCCUCAAUAAACCCGAUGACCGUCCUAUGUCAGACCUGGACGGCUUGACUCUCGACAUCACUGUCCCAGAAGCGGCCCUCAACGAAAGCAAUGCAAAGCUCCCGGUGCUUGUGUUUAUUCAUGGAGGAGCAUACAUUAUUGGUGACAGCGGGGCACCUCAAUAUGAUAUGGCUCCCAUCGUCGCAUAUUCCCAGUCCAUCGGAAAGCCUAUUGUUGGCGUAUCGAUCAACUACCGUCUCGGAGUUGCAGGGUUCCUGGACAGCAGUCAGCUAAGAGCGGCGGGUAUCCCACCCAACAGAGGCAUUCUUGAUCAAAAGACGGCUUUUCAAUGGGUUCGCCAUAAUGUUGGCGGGUUUUCUGGCGAUCCAACUCGAAUCACAGCUAUUGGUCAGAGCGCAGGCGGCAGCUCCAUCAUGCAUCUCCUUGACCUGGAAUUGCAAAACGAACCUCUUUUUGACCGCGCCAUGUGCUUAAGUGGAAACAACUUGGCCGUUCCUUCAUCUACUAAGCACGUUGCCCAGGACGCAUACAAAUCUGUGCUCCAGUGUCUGGGAAUAGAUUCCACAUUGCCGAGCCAGGAUCAGCUGGCAGCAUUGAUUGCAACCUCUCCGGAGGACAUGCUAUCCAAGAUUCCCAUGUCAGUCCCGCUACAACCUGUGAUAGAGACAGACCAACUGCCUUCGUUCCGAUCACUCGAAAUUCACCUGCCCUCAGCUCAACACAGGCCUCCUCUUAUGAUUGGCUCGACAGACUUUGAUGCAGUCGUAUUUGAAGUUCUUGGCCUGUUCACAGAUCGAGAUCCGGGUUUGGCACAAGGUUUCGCCAGAUCCCUCAUCAAGGCCAUUCCUGAAGAACACCAUGCUAGGCUGAACAGCCUUCUCAGUCUAUAUGGAAUACCGGAAACAGAAAAUGAGGAUGAAGCUCGUAUCAAGAUUCUGCAGUUUGGGACCGAUCUCAAGUAUUUCGCCACAUCAAGACACUAUGCCAACCUCUGGCCGUCUCAGUCAUGGCUCUAUUACUUCAACGAGGCUAAUCCAUGGGAUGGACCGCACAGAGGUCGAUCAGCUCACUGUCUUGACAUAGCAUAUCUCUUCCUGAACUUCAAUCACGUCAUGGAUGACUCCCAGAAGAAGACAGCAACGGACUUUGCUCGAGAUGUGAUUAGUUUUACCAACCUGGAGGAUCCGUGGGCUGAGUUCCAUGCUUCCAAGGAACUGAGAGUAUAUGGAGUCCCGGCAGACAGUCAGCCAUCAGGAGGUCAUGUCGAGAAUACGCCCGGGCCAUCUGAGGAAGUGCAACGUCUUUGGUUAGAAAUAGGUCUCGAUAAUCUUACUCAGGCCUGGGGUGCUUACUCUGCAAGGUCGUAG